CGCUAGCGGAGCGCAGUGAUUUGGUUUGGUCGCCGCUGCAGCAGGAGGAAGGACCGCGGGUCUAACCUUCUUCUUUCGGUUUCGCCUCGGCUUUUCUCUCGGUGGCUCCGGGUUCGUUCGCAAUAGGGCCCUUUGGAAGAGUUACGCCGGUUUAUGAAAUAUAAGUUACAGCAUUAAAAGCGAAGGACAGUCGGAGCAGUCGCCAUUUUACACGCACGCUUUCCCUGACAGAACCGCUAGCACAACAAUGGCCCUCAAAAGAAUUCACAAGGAAUUAAAUGAUUUGGCACGUGACCCUCCAGCCCAGUGUUCGGCAGGACCAGUAGGAGAUGACAUGUUUCACUGGCAAGCCACAAUAAUGGGACCUAAUGACAGUCCUUACCAAAAUGGGGUUUUCUUCUUGACCAUUCAUUUCCCCACAGACUACCCCUUCAAACCGCCAAAGGUUGCAUUCACCACAAGAAUAUACCACCCAAAUAUCAACAGCAACGGCAGCAUCUGUCUGGACAUUCUGCGGUCACAAUGGUCUCCAGCUCUCACCAUCUCCAAAGUCCUCCUGUCCAUCUGCUCUCUGCUCUGUGAUCCAAACCCGGACGACCCCUUAGUACCUGAGAUCGCUCGCAUCUACAAGACGGACAGGGAAAAGUACAACAAAAUAGCUCGGGAAUGGACACAAAAGUAUGCAAUGUAGUGUUGGAGCAAAGAUCACGGCCAACCACCUCUACGACGCAAGGCUUAGGGGGAGCUUCAGAUGUAAAGAGAAAAACAAAAUAUCCAUGACAACAAACAACAAAUGAAACGUUUAAACAGGAAAUUAUUGGUUUCCAUUGGAGUGCUUUCUUUGAGCCCGCCUCCCCUCCUCCGAGUAAAACCAUCCCUCUCUAGGCCUGUCCCAGCUCUCCGGACCCCAAAUUAUGUACAUAACGCCAUCUUAAAUAGUCAAAAAUACAUCUAUUACUACUUUACACCCCUUUAUAUUUUGGUUACUUAAUUUCCCUUAUUAUUUGUAACUUUGUUUUUGGGAAGGGACAGGCCACAAAAGAUGGAGGGAUUUUAAUUACUCGUCUUUCUUGUUUUGCUAUCCGUAAUAAUUUCCAUCCGUAGAGGUGAGCAGUUCAAGAACUCGCAACUUGACGGGCACGGGCACUGUGUUGUGUUUUAUACAAGAGAAAUCGCAGGCUAUGUCAAACUUUAAAAACAAUGGAUGCACAUGGCCACUGUAGACUUAAUGUUUAUAUGAACGGACUUGAAUUUAACCCAUGCACCUCUGUAUCUCUCUCUCUCUUUCUCUCUCUCUUCUCAUCUCUCGCUUUCUUUUUCUUUCUCUCCUCUUUCGCUCUCUCUUAAAAAAAAAAAAAUACUGAAUUUAACACAUUUUACCUUAUUGUACACCACACUCUCGCACGCACAACUGUAACGCCCCCACCACCAACCAUUCUUCAUUCACAAAAGUGGAGGUUUUGGACCAGGUAUUUAAGCAAUUUAUUUUCCUAGUUUAACCUGUGUUUUUAUUCCCCCCAAUAACUCUUUAGGUUUUUUUUUUUUCUUUUUUGACUUUUAUUUUUCUUUUUUUCUUUUUUUUUGCUAUUGUUAAACUAGAAGCUAACAUCUUAAACGGCUAUGGGACUGGUUGGGCUCUGGGUGCGAGGAGACCCCACUCUUCUUGCACAAACCUCUGUAUAUUGAAUUACCUGAGAGGCUCGUUGAGCUUUGUGUGUUGAUUAAACUGUGUAAUAAAA